AUGUAUGUAUUAUGGCAAAAACUCAAAAGAUUGCUGCAGGAACUAAAAGCCUUUAGCAAGCCUUUUUCUGAUAUCAGAAACAAACUAACAACAACCAGAGACAACCUCAAAAACAUACAAGAGCAACUGACUGGGGACAGGAUAAAUACCACCUUAAUUGGAAAGGCAAGGGAUCUGACUGAGGAAGUGAUGACACUAAACGAGAUUGAAUGGAAAAUUUUACAACAAAGGGCAAAAAUCGACUGGAUUAGGAAAGGAGAUGGAAAUAAUAAUUACUUAUAUGCUGCUGUCAAAACUAAACACCAUUCCACCUGCCUUUCCAACCUGCGAACAAGUGAUGGCAGACAUCUAUCAGACCAUAAUGAUAUUGAAGAGGAAGUGAUGGUUUUCUACAAAAAUCUGAUGGACAAAGAGGAUAACAAUAUUAACCAUAUAGAUAUUGAGGCUAUGAGAAUGGGAAAACAACUCAACUUGGAGCAGAGGGAAUAUCUCACCAGAAUAUCAUAG